AUUGCUUGUUAAUCCUGUACCACCGCCCAGCCAGUAUCCACCAACUCGUCCGUCGAUGGACGUUGACUUGCGAGGAUCACGCGCGGCUGUGCCCCCGCUGCUCGACCAGGACAUGCGCAGUCUGCCGCCCGUGCACCCUCCGCACCCGACGCCACACACCCUGUGCCGCCGCCGCAGCACCACGCGGCAGAACCGCCGUUCCCGCGCGACCCGCGUCUGGCGAACUCCCAGCCGUUCAAUGCUGACCCAAGAGUGCGGCCCAACGACCCACGCACGCAGCCGAAACCGCCGCCGCAACCGCAAUUGCCGCCGGCAUGCCGAGCGCGGCACAAGCGCGAAACAUUCAAGGCAUACCAUCAGGUGCUUCAGAUCAAGAAAAGGCCGCGUUGAUUAUGCAAGUGUUGCAGCUAUCAGAUGAACAAAUAGCAUUACUGCCUCCAGAGCAGCGCGCUAGCAUUUUGAUGCUGAAGGAACAAAUCGCAAAGAGUACUCAACAACGUUGAAAUAAAAAUGUUAUUGCAAUACAAUUACUACAAAUAAAUUCCAAUUUAUUGCA